UCGCUCGGCGCUGCCCGCGGGAAGCGCUCCGCACCGCUCUGCAGGCGCGGCCGCAGCGGCACCACCUCGGGGAGCCGCGCCUCCGCCCGCCAGGCAGAGAAACUUCCUCCUCCCGCAGCAGCCGCCCAGACAGGUUCUUUUCCCUUUCCUUUUUUUUUUUUUUUUUUUUUUAAUUUUUUUUUUCCUAACUUCCUCUCUCCGAUCUGGUGCCCGCCUGCCCGCCACACUGGCGCACCUCUUGCCGGCUCCGGCCAUGUACAGCAUGCUGGAGACUGAGAUUAAGACGCCGCAGCCCACGCCGGGCAGCGCCGGGGGCAACCCCGCUCCGGGGAGCAACGGUAAAGGCGGCGGAGGCGGCGGGGCCAGCAACGGCACGGGAGCCGGCUCGGACCAGGACCGGGUGAAGCGCCCCAUGAACGCCUUCAUGGUGUGGUCGCGGGGCCAGCGGCGGAAGAUGGCCCAGGAGAACCCCAAGAUGCACAACUCGGAGAUCAGCAAGCGCCUCGGGGCCGACUGGAAGCUGCUGAGCGACGCCGAGAAGCGGCCCUUCAUCGACGAGGCCAAGCGGCUGCGGGCCGUGCACAUGAAGGAGUAUCCGGAUUACAAAUACCGGCCCCGGAGGAAGACCAAGACCUUGCUGAAGAAGGACAAAUACUCGCUGCCCGGCAAUCUGCUGGCCCCGGGGGGGGGCAACGCGGUGAGCAGCCCCGUCGGGGUGGGACAGAGGAUUGACACUUAUGCCCACAUGAACGGCUGGACCAACGGGGCUUACUCACUGAUGCAAGACCAGCUGGGCUACAGCCAGCACCCGGGCAUGAACAGCCCCCAGCUGCAGCAGAUGCACCGCUACGACAUGACGGGCCUGCAGUACAGCCCCAUGAUGUCCACGGCCCAGACCUACAUGAACGCCGCCUCCACCUACAGCAUGUCCCCCGCCGCCUACGGGCAGCAGCCCUCCACGGCCAUGAGCCUGGGCUCCAUGGGCUCGGUGGUGAAAUCCGAGCCCAGCUCGCCGCCUCCAGCCAUCACUUCCCACUCGCAGAGGGCCUGCCUGGGAGACCUGCGGGAUAUGAUCAGCAUGUACCUGCCCCCGGGGGGGGAUGCCACAGACCCUUCCGCCCUGCAGGGCAGCAGGUUACACAGCGUCCACCAGCACUACCAGAGUGCCGGGACUGGCGUGAAUGGUACCGUACCACUAACUCACAUAUAAACUUGGCUGCUCCGGACGGCUCCCCGUCUUAAUCCCUAACCCCACCACCGCUCCCUGACUGCACCGGGACGUACGGCAGUGUUGCUCGGCUUAGCAGACUUAAUACUAACUUUGGAGAAACUUUAAAAAGGAAAUCCGUUAGUUGUGUCUUUCUUUUUUUUUUGUACAAAAAAAUAAUACUUGAGCAAGCUGUUAUUUUUAAUAGAGCACAACUCCUGCCUCCUAGAAGCCGCUGUGAAGUUUUCAAACCACGGCAACUUCUUUCCUGGUUUCUCCUAGGUUGGGCACUGUUUUAUUCGCUUAAAAGUUUUUAGAAGAUCUUGCAUCUUCCCGUUUGAUUUCUAGUGUUGCAAUGACAUAAAAGAAAAACCCGGCGGGCUUCUGUUUUUAAACUCAAUCGUUGUGGUUUCAUAAGUGUUUUGUUCUUCCCGUUUUACCGAGUCUCGCUUGGUUUCUAUCCACAAUCUGUAGCUUUCACGAGUUUUUAACUUUAGGGUUUUGUUCCUUAAAAAAAGGGGAGGUGGGAGAGAGCUGUGCGGGUCGCAAACGCAUUUCUUUUAUUUAUAGUAAGUUGUGUGUCUUGGUUUUUCUAAAGCUGUAAACUUAUGUAAAUUGGUUUGUGAAUUUUACUGUGAACUAUGUUUUGACAUAUCAGAUGAAGAAACGUUUUAGUUUUGUUUACCGGAUUUCUUCGUAAGAAAAAAAAAAAAAAAAAGGUCAUCGAAACACUCCUUCCCUCUCCCUGACCCUAGUCCUCGUUUGCUUCCUUCUUCCAAAAGAAGAGAGAUCAAUAAAUUUUAUAUCAGGCACGUCGGCGGUCUCCGGGAGCUUUGUGCGGGGGCGGGCGCGCAGCCGGUCCCUCCGCGGCGGCGGGGAGCGCGGAGCGGGGGCGGCAGGCGCCUCGCCGGGGGCUCCGCGCCGGGGCUCCCCGCAGCAGCCGUCGUCCCGCCGCCCGGCCGAGGAGCCCGGGAGCUGCCAUCGUUUUUCGGCCGGGUUUCUGCGGCUGCCGCGCUGCGCUGUAUUUCGGUUGGAGGGUUUGGGGGUGUGCUCCUUCGAUUUGAUUUUCUCCUAAAGAAAAGCGGGACCCGGACCGGGAAAACGUCGCUGCGCUACUGAGGCUGCUCCUUUCCCGAGCCGCCGGCCACUUGUUGCCGCUCCGCCCGGCUGGUUUCCCCCGGCCGACGGGGAGGAAAGGGG